CAGCAGAAGAAACAGCUCACCUGCAGACCAUACAGCUGCUAUUCAUCCACAGAGCUGAGACACACCCUUCACACAAUGGCUGGGGAUCAACGCGUUGUAAUCAGUGCUCGCAUUAUUGGAGCUGUGCACAGGGACACACCUAAACUCAAGAUGUUCAUGAUUUCUGUGUUGUGGUCGGACAACACUGAAGUGAUCAUUUACAGGUCCUUCCAGGAGUUCAGGAAAUGCCAUAGGCAGCUGAAGAAGAGAUUCCCUAUCAUGAACAUUUUCAAGAGAAAUGACAGAGUGAUUCCCAAAUUUAGAGGACAGGCCAGGAAGAGCAGCCAGAAGAAAGGAUCCAAGCGCUCCAUCCAACGCAUGAAGUUCCUGGAGAGCUACUGCGAGAAACUUCUGAAGUGCGAUCAAAGUGUGACACGGACCCCAGAGGUGACUCAGUUCUUCAUGCCCAAAGAUCACGACCUGCUGCCAGACUUCACCAAGAACAGCAUCAUGAUCCUGAUGUCUGAUGAUCUGCCUGAUGGUGGAGGAGGAGAAGUUUCUCACCAGCCUACAGGCAGCGUCACUCACCCGUUUGUCACCCAGACUUACUCCUGCGUGGCCGCCUACGAGACAAAAGAUACCAAGAAUCGUCCGUUUAAGGUCGCUGUGGACGAGACGCUGGACGUGCUGAUCAAAGAUCCUGCAGGUUGGUGGCUGGUUGAGAACGACUCAAAGGGUUUGGCUUGGUUUCCUGCUCCCUACCUGCAGUUAUUGGACGGAGAGGAUGAGGAAGACACUGUAUUCCAGCAUGCAGGUGACCUGUACUGUGCCGUGAGGAGUUACACAACGAAGAAGCACGACGAGGUGUCUGUGCCCAUCGGCUCCGUGGUGGAGGUGCUGAGGAAGUCUGACGACGGCUGGUGGCUCGUCAGAUUCAAUGGCAAGGCAGGUUACACCCCUUCCAUGAACCUUCAGCCCUAUAACAACCCUCGGGCCGGCCUCUACAGCCUGCAGAGGAAGCUGCACAGCUCCACCCUGAACCUGGCCUCCAGCAGGGAGGCUCCGGCUUUACGUCGAUCCAGCGAUGACAUCGAUCUGCGAAGUGAUUCUGCAGCUCAGUUCAGAGGGCGUCUCCACAAGGCCCGGUCCCUGGACGUCCUCUCCGAGACCCGGACGCAGAUGGAGAGAGAUGCAGAAGAAGCCCGAGCACGAAGCAUGAGCAACGCGAGCACCGAUACCAGCUUCUCCGACUUCGAAUCCACAUCCAACUUAGCAGACAUAGGAAGUCCUUUAGCAUCGCCUCAGCAAAGCGACAGCAGCAUUGAUCUCAGCCUCUUAGACCGACGUGGCUCCGAUACCAGCGACGAGAGGUCUGAAUCUGCAAGCUCCAAAUGUUCUAGGACAUCAUCAGUCGUUCCCCAGGUGCCUCCUCGACCCAAAACAGAGGAGAUCCUGACCCGCUGCUCCACCAUGACCCGAAAGGCAGCUCUGGCCAACAGGACCCGGCUCCAGAGUCAGCCGGAGACCAUCCACCGCCGAUAGGGAGUCACAUUCCUUAGAUUUAUUCAGUGUGCAUGUAACAUGUUCACCAUAACAGGUUCUGUCAGUCAGUUGUGCAAUAUUGUUCAACAUGUUUGCCAUACCAAAAUUUAAAACGUGCGUAAUAGCAUAAGAGGAUGCCAAGAAAUUUCACGUGAAGUUUGGAAAUAUCACUCAGUACAACAAUAAUAAUCAUAUUAAUAAUAAUAAUGUAGCUUCAGUGAAGCAUUUAAAGGAGAUGAAGAAAAUGUAUUGAAUUUUUAUUAUUUUCUUUAGCUUUGAAACCACUUUUCCAGGAAAUGUAAGUUAAAUAUUUACAUUCAACCGUUUUAAGUAUCAUUCUUUAAGUUUGUUUACGGUUAGGAACUAUUCAUGAUAGAAAAGAUAAGUCAAUCAUUAAACUAUUAAGCACUUUUACCACUAUUUACGAUUUAAUUCACAGUAAAAACUUAAUAUAACAUAAUUAAUUUAACAAUGUUUACUUUGUUAUAUUUGACUAUCUUAUACUGUAUUUUAAGUUUCCUGUCAUGUUCUUAAUUAAUUUCUGUUUUGUUGUUUAUCGCAUGAAUAUUUAUACUGAUGGCCUUG